AUGGUGACUCCGGCCGCUUUGCCCCCGCUUCCCUUUAAUCCGGGUCGGGUCCGAACCUAUCUCGUCCGGUUGCCGCUGUUCACUCGACUGGUGUUGCUGAUCAUCCUAGCCUUCUGGGUGCUCGAGUUGCAAACUAUGUGGAGUGUUGUGCAAUGGGGAGCUUUGAUACCGGAUGAAAUCAACCUUGGGACCAUGUACCGACUUAAUACCUACCCUUUCAUCCAUACCGGAUUCUUCCACGCUCUGUUUAAUGCUCUCGCUGUUGCCCCUUUGUUGGAGCGCUUCGAGGCUGAGCAUGGAACUCUGACUGCCAUUGCUUUGUUUGUUGGACCUCUGUCGACGGUUCCCGCUGGUCUUUAUAUCUUGAUUGAGAAGGUUCUACUGCACAGGAAUACCUCGGUAGUCGGCGCCAGUAUUUGGGUUUUCCUGCUUUUGGGUUCCGAGGCCAUCAAGACCUACAAGUCUAACCCCAACUUCAGUCUCGGUCCCUACAAGAUCCCCACCUGGACUACACCUCUGUUGGCCUGUGUCGUUGUGUCAAUCCUGGUGUCUAACGUGAGCUUCCUCGGCCAUCUCUGCGCAAUUCUCGUCGGCUAUUUACUCGGUCUUGGGUACCUCAAGAUCUUCGUUCCCCCAGAGAAGGUUCUUCGCUGGAUCGAAGGCAAGCUGAACCUUCUUGGACGUCUUCCUCACUACGUCUCCGUCGACCAAAAGACCUAUGGCCGCUACGGAGUCCUUCCUACCACUAACCCAGCUGGCGAGCAAACACCUCUGAGCUACCUGGGCCCAUCGCAACGUCUUGGAGCUUAA